GUCAUGCUCUUGAGAAUGUCUGUCUGCAGAUUCCAUCUGAGGGACCCAGGACUGUGGUGUUUCAUGUGCACAAUCUUCCCUACUUGAUAUUAGUACCUUCAGGGGCUCUGACCUAAUAUUUGAGGUGAGACUCUCACUGCUUGAUCCCUGAAUAGAGUAAAUUGAGGAAAGAGUGGGGUAUUUCACUUUUUUAAAACAAACCAACCACAUAUUUGGUCUGAAAAUUAUGACUGCACACUCUAGAACAUGGAGUAGUUUAUCAUUAUUCUAACUUUUGUCCAUCUAAAACCUGUCCCUUUUUUGGCUUUGCUUUUCAAAUUUUAAUUAUAGUAGUAGGGAAUAUUUCUCUUUGAAUAAGGUAAAAUGAGUAUUGUUGCAUUUGCACUACAUUGAAAAUAUACAAAACAUUCUUAACACACUGAGAAGAUAAAGAAUGCCUUCUGCAUUCGCCUAACUGAUAAAUUUCAGAUGAUUUGGUACUUCACUAUUGCUAUUGGGCAGGUUACAUAAGUAGGUACCUUGAGCAGGGGAAGAAAUGGUACUUCCUAACUAGGAGUAGGCCUGGUUUCACCCACAUCUGCAGCCUCUUCUGUUGUCAGAAGAGAUGCCAGAUCGGUUGCAUUGAUCUGUUUUAUUAAUUUCCUUUUAUUGGCUAGUUCUGCUAAGAAGUUAUUUAGCAGUUGCUGGCUGAUAUAUGGGCCUAUUCCUCCAAACUGCCAGUAGGUGUCAUGCCAGUUGCAGGAAAUAUUUGUUUGCAGGUGCGUGUGGUUCCGUCACUUUGCUGGAAAAAGUAAAUAUUACACCUGUGACUUAGCCUUAGUAAAGUCAAAGUUCACUUCAUAAAUGAAGCAAAAACCAAGGGAAACAGAAUGCUGAAAAAUGUCCUCAAGAAAUGUGAUAUGCUUUAAAAACAACCAGCUUGCAGGGUUUUCAACAUGCCCCCCAGAGUAUCUACUUGCAAUGUCCAUGUCUGUGCCCACAUUCCUUUUGCCACCCCAACCAGUCAUCUGAACUCUGCUGAACAUGCAAAUAAAAAGGUCCUGCCCACAAUUCAAACACAGUCCUUUCAGUUAGUUGAAUCCUGGAGCACGGUGUUUGUUUACCUUGCUUGACUUGCCUCCAGACCUGAGCUGCUGCAAAUGCUACAGAGACGUAGCACAAAUUACAUACAUACAUGAUCAGGUGUCAUGGUUCUAGGGUUUUUUUCCUUACUUGUCUUGGAAACAACUUAAUCAGCUUUUGCACUACAACUUCUUCAAGUGAUGGAAGAUACCAGAGAGAUUCUGCAGGAGGAGGAUGGCUUCCAGCAGAAUGAGAUGGAGGAUAAAGACGGGGGAGAAAUAAAGUCUCCCAGGAGGAUCAUUUACUUUGCCAGUGGUGAAACCAUGGAAGAGUACAGUACAGAAGAAGAAGAAGAAGAAGAGGAGCAGCAGCCACUUGAUACAUCCAAACUCUCCUGGGGGCUCUAUCUGCGGCUGUGGGCAGUUCGAGUUGCAACAACUUCACUUUUUACUUGCGAAUUCCUUGGUGGGAAGCUUGCCACGCUCUUUGGACUCAAUGAACCUAAAUAUCAAUAUGCAAUAGAUGACUACUACAGGACACAGAAGAAGGAAACUGAAGAUGAUGAAGAUGGUGAAACAAUCUCUGAGACGAAUGAGGCAGAAUCUCUAAAUGAAAAACACCACCUUGAGGUACAGAGUAUAGAAUAUGGAUCUAUUAGACUCAAGGAUACUAUGGAGUUUUCUCAAAGAAGCACUUUUGCAAACAUUAAUGAGGCUUCAAAACAUGACCUACAAAGUACAAACUGUAUCUCAGCUGUUAAGAAAUGA